AGAAGAAGAAGAAGAAGAAGAAUCUGCUGCUGCUGCUGCUUUCAGACGCAACAGUAAUGUUAAUUUAGUCUUCUGAGAAGAGUGGCUGUGCAAAGUUGCUGGAUAUUGGCAGGAACUGGAACAUGCUGUCGUAUACACCGAUCCAGAGCGUCCCAAACAUGCUCAAUGGUUGACAUGUCCGACAGAAAUUCAUCAUCAGUGAAGCUCCUCCCACAAACCCUGCAGAAUGAAACACACUGAAGAUACUGAAGAACAAACAGAUUUGAAUGAAAAAACCAAGAUAAAAGAAGAACCGAGUGAAGUUGAGGUGAAAAAUCAUGCUAAAACUGGAGAAAAUCCUUUGAGUUGCUCUCAAACCAAACAGAAAGCUUUAAAGAAAAGAGGCCCCAAGAAAUCAUUCACCUGCACUCAGUGUGGAAAGAGUUUGACAAACAAACAUCAUGUUGUGCUUCACAUGAGAGUUCACACUGGAGAAAAACCAUUCACAUGUGAUCAGUGCGGGAAGAGUUUCGCAAGAUCAGCAAACCUUAAGAGACACAUGAAUGUCCACACAGGAGAGAAACCUUACAAGUGUUCACACUGUGACAAGAGAUUCAGUCGGUCAUCAAAUCUGAAAACACACAAGAGGAUCCACACUGGAGAGAAACCACACACAUGUGAUCAGUGCGGGAAGAGUUUCACAAUAAAAGGACGUCUUAGAGACCAUAUGAGGAUCCACACCGGAGAGAAACUUUUCACUUGUGAUCAAUGCGGGAAGAGUUUCACACAAUCAUCAAACCUUAAAGAUCACAGGAACAUCCACACCAGAGAGAAACUGUACUCAUGUGAUGAAUGUGACAAAACAUUUUUGAGGACUUCAGAUCUGAAAAAACACCUGAGAGUUCAUUCGAAUGUGAAGCCACACUCAUGUCAUUUGUGUGGAAAAAGCUUUUCAUGUUUAGAAAAUGCAAAAAAACAUCAGAAAAUACAUACUGGUAUGAGAGAUCAUGUGUGCUUUGAGUGUGGGAGGACUUUUACUACAGUUGAACAUUUAAAACUGCACUGGAGGAUUCACACUGGAGAGAAACCUUACAAGUGUUCACACUGUGUCAAGAGAUUCAGUCGGUCAGGAACCCUGAAAAUACAUGAGAGGAUUCACACUGGAGAGAAACCUUACAAGUGUUCACACUGUGACAAGAGAUUCAGUGCUUCUGGAGACCUGAAAACACAUGAGAGGAUUCACACUGGAGAGAAACCGUAUCACUGCACUGAAUGUGGGAAGCGUUUUAAUUAUGCAUCUUCUCUACACAUUCAUACAAAAAAACAUUCACAGUAAUUCGAUCAUCUUAAGAUCCAGCACUUUCAGAUGUCCUCAACAAAUGAGACACAAUAAUUCCUCAAGCAAUAAAAUAUAACCUGGAUAAAUGUCAUUACAAGUGACGACAUAAAAAAAUAUCACAUUGUUUCACAGUGAAUAAAGUUCAUUUUCAAAACCAGCAUAUUUAACUUUGUGAUUCAGACUUGUAUAUCAUUUUGUUUCAUGCAAUAAAUGAUAUCAUUGCAUUUUA